AUCGGGAGGGGGAUCGGUAUCGGUAUUUGUGAACGGGCGGGUGGAAGAGUCCGGAAAAAAAUGGCAGCCACCAUGAAGAAGGCGGCAGUAGAAGAUGUUAAUGUUACCUUUGAAGACCAACAGAAAAUUAAUAAGUUUGCAAGAAAUAAUAACAGGCUUAUAGAGCUUAAAGAGGAAAUAGAACUGAAAAAGAAACAGUUACAGAACCUAGAAGAUGCCUGUGAUGAUAUAAUGAUGCUUGAUGACGAUACAAUGCUGGUGCCUUACCAAAUUGGAGAGGUUUUUAUUAGCCAUUCCCAGGAUGAGACACAGGAGAUGCUAGAAGCUGCAAAGCAAAGUUUCCAAGAUGAGAUCCAGGCUUUGCAGACCCGCGUGGAGACAAUUCAACAGGUGUUAUCAGAUCUCAAAGUCCAGCUCUAUGCAAAAUUUGGAAACAACAUUAACCUUGAAGCUGAAGACAACUGACCUGUUUAUUUUCACCUGUCACGUUUCACUCGAUUAAAUGAUUUAACUUUUGCAAAAAAAAAAGUAAUCACUUUGUUCAUGUUUUUGAAUGCAAUUUUAAAGUUUUUGGCCUGCAACUCCACUUCUUUGAUGAAAACAUUAUUUUAUACCUGCUUGAGUUUGUUAUUUAUUUGUUACAGUGGAUCUACAUUCUGAUUUUUGAAUUUUCUGUGAAAUAAUCAGCUGUUAAAAUGAUUUCCUAAUUAGGGAUUUAAAUUAAGCUUUAGCAUUCAAAUAAAUAAUGUGACUGUCCCGAUGUGACUUGCAUAAUCCACCUACUCAAUAAAAUAAUUAAACUUGGGCAAAUACACUGACUUUAACAUUGCUACAACGCAAAAGGUUUAAUGUCCUUGUGGUCAAAUUUAAAUUUUAUAUCUUAUAUUCCUUGGAAAUAGAGAUUUUCUUUUACUGUUGAAAUCUCUGAUAUUGCUAAAUAAUCAGUUAGCAUUUUAAGGGGCAGUAUAUGGACGUGUGUGUGGGAUUGCACAAUUAGUCAAAUUAAAAAUGUUGUUUGGUUCUCUUUCAUUUUACAA